AUGCUCAAUUUCCGUUCGAAAGAGGUCCGUCAGCUCCCGCACAACAAGUUUGUCGUCAUCCUAGGCGACUCGAUCCAGAGAUCUGUCUACAAGGACCUCAUCCGCUUGCUGCAGAAUGACUCCUUGCUCACCUCCUCCCAAAUGAAGGCCAAGGGCGAUCUCCGCUUCGAAAACGACCGCUUAAUUGAAGGCGGGGUGCUGGGCGGCCUGCACAACGGCACCCAUUAUCGGGAGGUGCGCCAGUAUCGCACCUCCCACCACCUGGUCCGCUUCUACUUCCUCACCCGGGUGUACUGGCCGUACCUGGAAAGCAUCCUGGACGAUUUCCGGACUGGGCUGCAGCCGGAUGUGUUGAUCCUCAACUCCUGCGUCUGGGACAUUUUGAGGUCGGUUGCAACCACGGUUAAGGAAAAUGCCCUACACAAGACACCCGGAGCCUUCAGGAUUAGCUCAGAAUGCUUAACCACCGUGGCUUCGCGGGUCAUCGGAACAGGGUCAAUGUGUGUCUCCCCCCCUUCCCCAAACACCCUAAGACUACCAGCUCAAGGUUUCCUCCGGAAUGACGUGAUCGAGGGCAACUUCCACGGCGCCACGCUGGCCGGCUUCCACCUCUUCGACGUGAUGGACCUCCACUACCACUUCCGCCUCGACCUGCGGAACCGGGCCAAGGACGGCGUCCACUGGAACAACGUGGUGCAUCGCAGGAUCACCAGCCUGCUGCUGGCCCACGUGGCAGGCGCCUGGGGCGUGGCCCUGCCAGACCCCAAGCGCUGGGAGGGCCCGGUGUGGGAGAAUAGGCUGACUGUGCCCUUUGGCCUCUUGGGGGUGCUUCUGCGGCCACUGCUUGCUGACCUUCCCGAGGGAUUCCUUGACCAACGUGGUGCCCGCAGACCGGAUCCCCCCGGGUUCCACGAAGACUCCUUCCUCUUCCUCAGCGACUGGGAGUCAGCAGAGCCCUUCUCUGGAUUCUCCAGCUUCGAGGACUCCCACGUCCCACCUCCCUUCCACCUGGACGGCCCGGGGCGGGAGAACAGGCCGGCCGUGCCCCUUGACCUCUCGCGGCCACCGCUUGCUGACCCUCCCGAGGGAUUCCCGGACCGACGUGGCACCCGCGGACCGGAUCCCCCUGUGUCCCACGAAGGCUCCUUCCUCAUCCUCAGCGACUGGGAGUCAGCGGAGCCCUUCUCUGGAUUCACCAGCUUCGAGGACUCCCGCGUCCCACCUCCCUUCCGCCUGGACGGGAUUCCCGAACCAACGUGGCGCCCGCGGACCGGAUCCCCCCGGGUUCCACGAAGACUCCUUCCUCGUCCUCAGCGACUGGGAGUCAGCGGAGCCCUUCUCUGGAUUCUCCAGCUUCAAGGACUCCCGCGUCCCACCUCCCUUCCGCCUGGACGGUACGUUCAGAGGCCGCCUCUUCCCCGCCUUCCCAGCGUCCCUCGGGGGUCCAGCUUCCCCUUCCUCAGGGCUGCCUGGACCCUGGGGGCGAUGCCAGGGCUGCCCACCUUCUCUUUGCCUUGUUCAGCAGUCGAUCCCGGGUUUCUCCCCUCCAAGGUGGCUAAAAGUGGGCCGUACCGGAUGAAGAGCAGCCGUGGCCUCCUGCCUGGUUUCGUCACUGACAAGCAAGAUGGGAUGGGGGUUCUUUAA